AGAGAACAAGCCCGAGGUCCAUCAAUUCCUCGCGGUGCGCGACAACAACCAACGUGUACAGCGGCUCGCAUCCUACACUAUCAUCUCUUAUCAGCUUCCGCGAAUUGCGUGCUCCACAGCAGCACUCCGUGCCGACGCAGGAAGUUUACGAACUAACGAACGAAAUUUGUGAUUGUGAUACAGAAUAAGAGUCCGUGAAUCAAUAACGCCGAGUGUCACGACGCGGCGCGAGUGUGUGUUAGUGUCCUGCGAGUGUAGAGCGUGCGUGAUGCGGCUGUGCGCAUCGGCAGCAGCACAAACCGGGACGGUAAAGGUGCCGCUGUUACGGGGCUAGAAACAGGAGGAGCCGUGCCGGGUAGCAAAGGGUGUGCGACAAACGGACAGGUUGGCACGGCACGGGCAUAAUGGCGUCAUCUCACGCACACAGUUCACGACGACGAAAACAACACCAGCAACAACAACAACUGCGACCACCGACGUUCUACCAUCGACGACGGCCGUGAAGCACGUAGCACACUCCUCGGUGUGGCCCGCGGGUUGUGCGCUCUUCCUCUUCCUUCUGUUGUUGUUGUUGUUGGAGUGUGCUCUGUGCGUGACAACAGCAGCGAGGAGAAGGGUUGCGUAGAACCACACGCUCCGUUGCGUUUCCACAACAUCACGCACACAUACACGUGAGCGUUCACAAACAAAAAAAAAACCGGGGCGUGCAAAACGGUGACAGAGCGCACAGUGAGGGCUGGUAACGAAAGCCUUUUCAAGGUAGCAGCCACCAUCAGCAUCGUGAGCAGCAGCAGCAGCAGCAGCCGUGGUUGCUGUGUUGUUUAACCUCAAGCGAGUAUUGCGGAAGAGAAAGGACACUGAACGACGUGUACGUGCGGGGACCGGCAGAGCCGUGUCACACGGAACAAACAUUCCACCGUUUGCUGUGUAUAGAAUAGAUAAGCCAGACAGAGAGGGAAAGAGAGAGAGAGAGCGGGCGCGAAGAAGAGACAAAACAAACGCAACGCAAAGAACGUGGACGCAAAGCAGGAGCAGGAGCAGGACAUUCCAUUCGACGGCAAAACGGAUUGGCGCCUGCCAGAGCAACUCUGGAGGCUGGAAACGUGUUCGUUCGAUCGCCCUAAGCUAGCCUGCUCUUCGCGUGUGGCUUCACGAUGCGUCGUGAUCUACAGCACCAGCACCAAUCGGUACUGACGAUGGCAACACCAUCUCCUUCGCAACCGACCGUGCUUCACCAGCUGCCACCUCCAGUACCGCCAGCACCUCAAUCGCCUCCACUACCACCGCCACCACCACCACAACCGUCAUCUGUAGUAACAACGGCAGCAGCAGCAGCAGCAGCAGUAGCUGCAUCCCACCAAGUAUCAUCCUCGUCCUGCACACAAACUUCAUCGUUAGUAGGCGCGGUAGCGAACGCGUUGCCAUCCAGCGGUAUUGUCAGUGGCGACGACGAAGAGUGCCAUGCCGCGGCGAUGAUGAUGAUGAUGGUGGAUACGGCGGCGGCAACGACGACUAGCGCCGGGCCCGGCAUCGGCACCGUGUCUGCCACUGAUGAUCACGAUCAUCUUCAUCACCAUCAUCAUCACGAUCACGAGAAUGGGCACGACAGUAGUGGCACGACAACGAGUAGCAGUAGUGGAGGCACUAGCACCAGUUCCAGUGCUAGCACCUCCCCGAUGUCGGCACCUUCCUCCUCCGCCUCAUCGACUUCCUCCUCCAACUCCUCGGUGGCAGCCGCGGCAAUCUGUGCGGCAUCCUCACUACUCCUCGGUACCACCGGUGGACCUGGUGGUGGCGAUGAUGGCCAGCAGCACCACCAACAGCAACAGCAGCAGCAGCAGCAGGUCGUGUACCUGCCAGUGGAGCUGGCUAACAUUAAGGAAGAGCUACCGGAACCAGAGAUACAGGCUGACACAGAGAUAUCGCUCGACGAAGGGCAUGCCCUGGCGCAGGCACUGGAAGACAUUCCCAACGACGAAGCACCACCACCGGAACCCGAGGUCCAAAUUCGGGCCGGUAAGGUGGACGAAUCAUUCCGUAAACUCACCUCCGAUGGAUGUAAUGUUGCCGGUGCCGGUGCUGGUGCUGGCACUGGCGCUGGAGGUGGUAGUGGCACACCAGGGACCAUGGGCUAUCCGGCCAAGAUCGUGCACGUGCAGAUGGGCAAGGUGACGUACCAGAUCCCCGAUCAACUACUAAAGGCCGGUGCAAUCAAUCUGCACAAUCCGCAUUUACUCACCAAGGAUCAGCUGGAGAAGAUGAUCACGGAGAAGGAUCCGGAGCUGGAGUACCGGAAGCACCACAACAACAACUCCACCUGGCAACGUUACAUGCCAAUGUUCUACAAAGGCAUCAAGCAGAACUACGUGCGCUGUCUCGAAUGUGGCUGGCUCGUCCUACACAAGGCCAGCACCGGGACGGGCAGUCUGUUGCGCCAUCGGUGUAAGAUCAAACUACCAUCCGGGGUCGAGGUGAAGCUCGAACCGAAAGCCAACUCGAG